AGUUUUUUGCACCGUCACAUGUGCACCAACACGAAAGUAUGUGCGAAAGGGGCAGGAUGCUAAGAGGAAGGUAUCAGAGCAAGAAUGAUUAUUUUGACGAAUAAAAAGACUGAGUAAUAACUGUCUAUUUUUUAAUGGAAGUCAAUUUGAUUUUGACCUUCUUUGAAUUUGUGGGUCCUAGCAGAAAAGAAUAGCAGAAAUGGAAAAAAUUAAGUUUAACCAUGUAUAAUGGAGAUAUUUUGCUUUUUUUUUACAGGAAAGAAACCAUACAUUGUGAUUGCUGUGAGUGUUGGUCUCCUGUGUGUUAUUCAGGCGGUUCUCAACAUUUCACUUCGUCUUUCUCUCACAUGUUCUGGGGGAACUGAGGAGAUUUUGAAGAACAGGACCAAUGAGGGAGAGUCAAAGAACGUGACCAUUAAGGAUGAGUCAAAGAGUGUGACCAAUAAGGACGAGUCAAAGAACCUGACAAAUGAGAGGGAUGAGCUCAGGCAGAAGAUGAAGAAAUAUGGUUAUUUGUUUUUGAUUGUAUUGCUUGAAGUAUAUUUUCUUCUUCUAACAACUUUUUACCAAAAAGAGUGGCAGUAUUUGAACGGAAGCUUGUAUUACGUCUCUACAACCACUGCAAACUGGCAGGAGAGUCGAAAUGACUGUUUGUCGAAGGGAGCAGACCUGGUUGUCAUCAAUGAUGCUGCUGAGAACGUGAGUGCGCUAAUUUUUCAGGUUCUUACAAAUGAUUUUGCCAGAGGAUUCGGAAAGAGAGUCUGGCUUGGGCUGUACAAAAAUGGAUCCAGCUGGAGAUGGGUUGAUGGAAGUUACCUUACAAUUAGCUUUUGGGAUGAAGGAGAACCGAACAACGAUAAGGACCAGGAAGACCGGGUGGAAAUGGCAGCUGUUGUCAGCCAGAUCAGAGCGGAGAGAGAUACGUGCGGGAAGUUUUACCUGCUGCUCCCGGAAUCUCUGGGGCGUCGAUGA